AUGCAAGCAGCGAAUUCAGUUCAAAAAGCAUGUAAGCGCCUACUACGUGCACACGCCGUUGCGCUAAGUGUUGGGGACACAAAGGCUCCCGUUCCACCGCGCUCUAAGCGCCCCGAAAAUUGCGCUUUGGAGGAGACUCUCCCGAACGCCCCUGCCCCUCAAAAUGUGAGAAGGGAGGAGGAAGAGGGGCGUCCUGGGGAUGGGAAGGGCAUCCCGGCACCACAUACUGAUGUGAGGCUGCGGGGUCGGGGGGAAGGGUGCGGCGGGAAAGGAGGGCACAUCUGUCGGGGGACCGGAGGGAAGCGGGGUUCCCAGGGUCAACGGAGGAAAGAAAUGGGGCGGGAUCCGCUAGUUAGCGCAGUCGGGAGGGGUCCCCGGCAGGGAGAAGGGAGAAUCGGGCCCCGAGCCCCGAGAGAGGGCAAGAGCGCAGUCUCGGGGAUGGAGGGGUGCUGCGGGGUGCUGCGGGGUCCCCGGGUGGGGGGCGUCUCCCCUGGGAGGUCCGCUCCCAGGCACAGUUCGCAGCUCGGCUCCCCGGCCCAGUCCCUCUCGGCCUUCCCCGGGGCUCACCUGGGUCCCGGCGGGUGCGGACGCCCCCAGCGCGGGGUCUCGGCGCCCUGCAGACCCCCGGCUCUGCGGCCUGCGCUGGGCUCCGUGCAGAGGCUCCGCGCAGCCCCGCCGCUGCCGCUCCGCUGCUGCUUUCCGCUUCCUGUCCCGGCACCGCCCCGCAGCCCGGAGCCCAGCCCCGCCGCCGAACAAGCGAGUGAGCUAGGGAGCGAGCGAGAGCCCGAGCCCGAGCCCGGCCCGGCCAGAAGCCAAGAAGCUACCGGGAGCGCAGCCAGCGCAGCGCAGCCCUGCCCUGCCCUGCCCACCUGCAGGCACCGGGGCGGAGUCCCGGGCUCGCCCCAGCGCACGCCACCAAGGCACACCGGGACACCCCUCUGUACACCUCCCGGAGGCCUGCCAGCCGGGGACCCCCUACCCCUUCUUCACGCUCUGCACUCAACAGUGUCCGACGAGUGGAAUGUAAGCACCUGGAGGACAGGCACAGAUUUUUAUUUUUUGGAGUGCCUUGCAUCCAUGAGGCGCUUAAUGACCGCCUGUUGGAUUAUUAUUGUUAUUCUGUAG